UAUGGCGCGCCCUGAGCGUUCGGAGGCGCGCAGCCUUCAGGCGCCUUGAGCUGGAGGCGUGCGUUUGGGGGACCUGAGCGCGUGGGCGGAGGCGGUGUGCCUGGAGAUGCCCCGCAGAGGUAGCUCUAGUGGCCGGAAGAGAAAAAGAAAUUGGGAUAUAGAAAACCCAUCCUUUCCAGGAGGGAGUCCACUGAAGUUCAGAAGAGCAGGUCUCAGGACAGUGGGGGCAGUUGCUUCCCUCUCUGAAGCAUGGCUCAGAUGUGGAGAAGGAUUUCAGGACACUUCUGAGACUCUGUCAUUAACAGCUGAAAAGGAGAUUGUUACAGAAGAGCACCUCGAAUUAUCCCCUCAACCCAAGAAAGAUGAACUACAGUUUAUUGACUGGGAGAUUGACAGUGACAGGGAAGAUACUAGUGAGUAUAAUGAAUUUGAAGAUGGUGAGAGUGUUGUGGAAAUAUCAGACUGUGCUUCUUGUUCAAGCACUCAUUCUGUGACUAGUGAAGAGAGGCUCUCUGAGCUUGUGAAGAGUUCUACAGAAAUUUUGGAAUAUUCAUCAGAUAGUGAAAAGGAAGAUGACUCAGAGAAUGUCUUGUUCAUUGAUUCUGAAUCCUCUCCCAAAUACCACAUGGAUUUUGGAUCUGAUGAUAGACAGAUGGAGAGACUGAUAAGGCCGAGGGUGAAAUCUGCAGAGACCAUUUUGUACACACCCCAAAAACAGACGUUUCCCAGGAUUCCAGACAGAUCAGCAAACAAGAAGAAGCUUCUAAGAGGCGGGCUAGCAGAAAGACUAAAUGGCCUGCAGAAUCGAGAGAGGUCUGCCAUUUCUUUGUGGAGACAUCAAUGUGUUUCUUACCAAAAGACACUUUCAGGUAGAAAAUCGGGUGUAUUAAUUGUGAAAAUUCUAGAGCUGCAUGAGGAAUGCACCAUCCAAGUUGCCAUGUGUGAGCAUUUAGCAGGGCUGCAGGCCAACAGCCCUUCUCAAGGUGAGGCCCCUAGGACUGGCCUGAAGGUUCUGUUCACUAAGGAGACUGCUCACCACCUCAGGGGACAUCCCCAAGACAUUGUCCAUAUCUACCCUCCCUGGCAAAAACUUAUUGUACCAAAUGGAAGUUGCCCUGUUAUUCUGAAUACUUAUUUUUGUGAGAAAGUUGUUGCCAAAGAAGAUUCAAAAAUAAUACAUGAAGCACACUGUUGGGACACACUCCUUCCAAGAAGUAUCACUUUGGCUCAAAUGUUUAGAUUUAGGAAUCUAACAUAUAAAUCACCUGAAAGCCAGGUUAUGUGUAGUGGUCUCACUACAAUGUGGACAGACUGCACCCAUGGACAUGAGGAAGCCAAACAGCACUUCCCAGCCCAAGCUCUCCUGAGGGAUUCUCUCCUGGAUGCAGUGGAAAGCCAGGGAGCUGCCACAUGGUCAGGAGUUGGGGUCCGAGUAGUGGUACAGAGAGUUUACUAUCUUCCCUGCAGAUAUCAGCAGGGAGGUGGUUCAGCUGCUCCACCUGGAUCAGACUUACCUAGAGUUCGAGUCUGCCUUCUCGUGCAAGAUGCCUAUGGGAUGUUCAGUGAAGUGCACUCUGAGGGCACCAUCUUGAAGGACCAACAGUUGGAAGGAAAGUCCUGCAGCCUGAUGGGAAUGAAGGUUCUACAGAAGGCUACCAGAGGAAGGACAGCAGGGCUUUUCAGUUUGAUCGAUACCAUGUGGCCUCCAGUGAUGCCUCUGAAAGCACCUGGCCAUGGCCGAGCCUGUGAAGAGGUAAAAAUUCAUGUGCCUCCUCCUAGCUUCUGUUACAUCCUCACUGCUCAUCCAAAUGUGGGACAAAUUGAAAUAAUUGAAGAAGACCCCAUUUCUAAGCUUUACCAGCCUCCAGUUCCCCGCUUCUUAAGAGAAAUUUUCCAGACUAAUGAUCUUAGUACCCGUUGCAGUUUCUAUGCCAGAGUGAUUUAUCAAAGACCACAGGUAAACAGUUUGCUUCCUCUGCAGCAAAGGGAGAUUUGGCUGAUGGUGACUGAUGUCACCCUGCAGAUGCAGGAUGAGAAUAACUCUGGCCUCCCCAAAACCAUGCCAGUCUGUGUGGCCCCCUCAUGUGUGUUGAGCCAGGAAGUCCUGAAAGCGCUCACCGAGGCUGUCUCUCACAGCUUUCUCUUCAGGGAUACUCUCCGAGCCCAGGGUCGGAUUGUUUGUGUUGAACGAAGUGUCCUCUUGCUUCAAAAGCCCCUUUUGGGUGCGGGCUCCGGUGCUUGCUCCUGUGAACUGACUGGCCCUGUGAAGCUCAAUGAACUGGAUUCUGUCACUCAGGUCAACUCCGUUUGCAGCGUUCAAGGCACUGUGGUUGGUGUGGACGAGAGCACUGCUUUCUCCUGGCCCACUUGCGACCUGUGUGGCAACGAGAGAUUGGAACAGAGCCCAGGAAACAGAGGCACCUUUUCCUGUGGGGACUGCUCCCGUGUGGUCACCUCUCCUCGCCUCAGAAGGCACCUGCAGGUGUUCCUGGACUGUCCGUCUCGACCGCAGUGCACAGUGAGGGUCAAGCUGUCCCAGGCCAGUAUUUCUUCACUCCUGAGGUUUGCCGCCUGCGAGGAUGGGAGUUAUGAAGUGAAGAGUGUCCUCGGAAAGGAGGUGGGGUUGUUGAAUUGUUUUGUCCAGUCCAUAACCACCCACCCAGCUAGCUGCGUUGGAUUGGAGGAAAUUGAGCUCCUGAGUGCAGGAAGAGCCUCUUCCGAACACUGCCGGUUGCCGUAGGAUUUGUGAACUUUGUGAUGCAGUUGCAAUGGUGGUGGAGGUGGUGGCGGCUUGGGGUAGUUAUUUGUUAACUAUGGGCAGAGCAAAUGUAUGAUCUUGAAAUGGAACUUAAGAUUUUUCUGGGUCAAAUGUUAGUAAGAUGAUUUUGUGAACUAAACAUCAAAAUACUUUUUCCUUGUUUUUGCAAAUUUAGGAAUAUGUUAUUAAAACUUAAUAAGCCUGAGGUAUUCAUUUUGUAUUUCAUCUUAGUCAAUAAUAUUAAAACAGCAAGAAAAAAAUUUCGUUCACUUGUAAUUUUUUAAGUGUUUAAAUUUUACCAUGAUCCAACGUUUUUCUUGUAGUUAUUUAACACUGUCCCAAAGAAUACCCUGCAAAGCUGAAACAUUUGUCCUAAAUUGUAGUAUUACUGUUCUACACAGUACAUGUCCAACUUAGGCAUUUUGCAGUUUAAUAUUUUUUGGAAAAUGUUCUGGUAAACUGUGUCAGAGGUAAAACUGUUACCCAUAAAGUAUAGAUAAGUUACCUGGUGUGAUUAUCACCAUACUGCACAGAGGUAUAGAUAGCUCACUCUAGAUAGGCCUGUUUAAUCUUGUGGGUACUGUGCACAGAGAGCCAAGGUAACAGAUUCAAGAAGAGUGAUUGGUUAUUGUUUGCUUUGUUGGCAGAGAUUUAAAUUAACAUUAAAUGAUGAAUAAAUUAUCUUUAGACAAAGAUUGUUUCCUCCCUUGUAAUAAUAUAAUCAUGACAGGCCAUGGUUAUUGAUUACCUAAUACAGACCUAGCAGCCCAGAGCAAGAAAAGGUGCCUAGUACCCACUUUAACUGGGAGAAAGGCAAACGGCUUUAUUUGUCCUGAUUAAGUUUUGAAACACUACAAUGCCUGGCAAGAUAGCCGGUUUUGAGUAGCUUUUUGACUGUCCUUUGCAUCUACUACAACAGGACUAUUUUGUACUUAAUACCCACUUUGAGAAAUGUAUUCAAAGCAGUACAUAAGACUGAGGAAAGUGAAAGCAAAGUCCCAUGAAAGUCAAAGAUUAGUCAGACAUGCUUUUCGGAUAACCAGAGCCCUCCACUACCCCCUCACCCCUCGAGCAGCCAACUAAAAUUAGGGCGCCCUUCAGCUCUUCAUAGAGCCCCUAAAUCAGCUCAGGGACAGUCGGCCAGCCAGCCCCCUCCCCAACUCGGGCUACUUUGGGAGCACCUUCCACCAGAAAGCUGCUAGCUUAACAUGAGCUUAGUCGUGCUUCGCCGAUCUUAGGCAGAUAUGUAACAUUUGUAGGUAGACUGUGGCUGGUUUCAAAAGCAAAGCAGACCCCCUCUUCUAGGGACCUUGGUUCCCCCUCAUGUACACACACCUGGGUCCCGCGGCCUCCCCGGUGCCUUGCUGCAUGCCCUUCCCCAGCGAGGUCCUGGGGGCUACCAGCGUUCAGGAGUCACUGUGAAUACCGGAAUCGGGUGGUUUUAAAUGCUUCUUUAUUCUUACAAAUACUGUAAAAAUUAAUAUAAAAAAGUGAGCAUGCUCAGUCUUUUCCCCUUAUCUACAAUACAAAGGAUUUGUCUGAAAAGUCUUUUUUCUUACAAAUGUACCUUAGCUGCAUCA